AUGAUUUUGGAAACCGUCGUUGGAGUCAUCUCUUGUAUCGUUCUCACUUACAUUGGUAUGACUGUGGUGGCGCCGGCGGAGGUAACUGAUAAGGAGGCCGAUGAGAUUACUGUUAACAAAGAAGGCUUAAGCCGAAAAGACAGCGAAUCCGCUAAAAAAUCUUUGGUCACUGGUUCGAAAGUCUUAGUCGUUUUGUUUGGAUGGGCUGGCAGCCGUGAUCGAUAUCUAUCGAAAUAUGCCAAUUAUUACAACGAAGCAGGAAUCUCAUCGAUUCGCUUCACCGCGCCAAUCGCUCAAAUCCGUAGUUUUGCAUCGUAUCGUCCAUUCGCCAGAAGUUUCCAUAAGAUUUUGACAGAAGUGUGCGCAAGCGAGCAAAUUUCAACAAUAUACUUUCAUGUAUUUUCAAUGAAUGGGUGCUCACUGCUAGCGGCCUAUUGGGAUCAGCUUGGCACAACAAUUGAAAAUGGAAAUGAAGUUAAGGCGAAAACGAAGGGAUUGAUUUUUGACAGUUGCCCUGCAUUCACAUCACCAUCGCAAUCCGCCCAAGCUGUAUCAUUCGCCACUUUGCCACCAAAACACUAUCAUGGUGCUCUUCGAGAAUCCUACCGUGCAAUCUUGUUCACAUUCUUUUCGCUUCAUCGAGGUGUUAUCUGGCUUCGUUCUCUGCUCCAAAAAGACAUUUACGUUCGUCAUUAUGCUUAUUUCAAAAUGUUGACGUUUGAAGAUUUGCCGUCAAAGCAGCUUUACAUUUAUGGACCAGAGGAUAAUGUAUGCUCGGAAGAUUCAAUUGAAGAAUACAUGAAAAUAAUGGAAUCUCGUGGGCUGAAUGUCUCAAAAUUGCGACUAUUGGAUUCUCUUCAUUGCCAACAUCUGAGAACGCAUCCAACAAUUUACACACAAGAAUGUUUAGAAUUUGUCAAAUCGGGACAAUUGCCGCCGAACCAUAGUCGAGUCGAGCUCGAAGUUGAAACAAGCGAGCUCGACGAGCAAGAUAUUCCAGAAGAAUUAGCCUACUAA